AGUACAUUCUGAACAUGAAGAAAUCGCCCAAAUAGCCACUUAUACGGUGUCACAUCUCUUACAAUAUCGAUCCUUUGGAUAUUUCAACAUAUACAAUAUUUCAUGUUUCCUUAAGCCCCCCUUGCUCUCGUUAUGCCAGCAGCAGACACCACUCAAGACAACACCGACGCUCAAGUCGACGAAACAACCGCCCUCCUUGCUCCGUCCACUGACCGACCGACUGCUCCUGAGGAGGACGACGACGAGAAUCAAGCCUCCAAUGGCGCCAAUGGAAAGGGGGAAGACAGGCCGUUGCCCAAGGAUCAAAUCUUCCUCCUCUGCUUCGCCCGCCUGAUCGAACCCGUCGCAUUCUUCUGCAUUUUUCCCUUUGUCAAUCAGAUGAUAUGGGACACUGGAGAAGUGGCGGAAACGGAUGUUGGCUUCUACAGUGGAUUGAUCGAGUCGUUGUUUUCGCUGACGCAAAUGCUGCUCAUGAUUCCCUGGGGCAAAGCCGCCGACCACUUUGGAAGAAAACCAGUCCUCGUCAGCUCGUUGGGCGGCGUGGCCGUCGCAACCGCCAUCUUCGGACUGAGCAAGUCAAUAUGGCAGAUGGUCCUGUUCAGAUGCUUCGCUGGCGUGUUUGCGGGGACGAUUGUGACUAUCCGAACGAUGAUCACCGAGAACAGCACGCACAAGACCCAGGCCAGAGCAUUUAGCUUCUUUGCCUUCACCGGCAACCUGGGCAUCUUUCUAGGUCCAUUACUCGGAGGCGCGCUCGCAAACCCAGCGACGGAAUACCCAUCUGUGUUUGGGCAUAUCAAGCUCUUCCACGAGUACCCAUAUGCGCUACCCACAUUCGUAUCAGGCUCAAUCGGUCUUGUUGCAACGAUUACCAGUGCCAUUGGUAUCAAAGAAACACUCGUCCGGUCUCCAAAGAAGUCGUCCGCCGGCCCCCAGAAGGAGAUGUCCAUCCUCGCCCUCCUCCGCUCUCCUAACGUCCCGAUCACGCUGUAUAUAUACGCGCACAUCAUGCUCCUGGCCUUCUCCUACACGGCCAUCCUCCCGGUCUUUUUCUUCACCCCGGUGCACCUGGGCGGCUUCGGGUUCUCGCCCUUCCUGAUCUCGCUCUUCAUGGGGCUGGGCGGGCUCUCCCAGUCGCUGUGGCUCCUCAUCGCGUUCCCCUGGCUGCAGGCCCGCUGGGGCACUAAGCGCGUUAUGGUGCUCUGCGCGACCGCCUACCCGGUCUUCUUCGCUCUGUACCCGGUCUGCAACCUGCUGCUGCGGCACCACGUGAUGGCGGCGUUCUGGACCAUCGCCCCCAUCUCCCUGGCGUUCGGGAGCGGCGUCGCCAUGUCCUUCACCGCGAUCCAGCUCGUCCUGAACGACGUCUCGCCGGGGCCCGAGGUGCUCGGCACUCUGAACGCCGUGGCGCUGACGCUAGUGAGCGGUAUACGGGCCUUCUCCCCUGCGCUGUUUGCCAGCUUAUUCGCCGCCAGUGUGCGGAGCCGUGUGCUCGGCGGGCAUGUGAUUUGGAUCUUGAUGGUCGCGUUGGCCGUGGGUUUCACGGUUGUCAGCCGCUGGAUCCCCGAGCCCGGAAAGGAGGAGGAGGACAGCCGGAAGCAUGCUGAUUCUCGUGGAACUGGUAAUGGCAUCGUCAAUGGGACGGCGGAGGAAUGAGUGAUGUGUAUAGACAAGGAAGAGACGGAAUAUCUGCGGAAGCAGCCAAAAAGGGGCCCGAAAGCUACCGUAGCCUCGCGGGCGUGGCCCGGGCGCCCAACACAUUACACCAGAGUUGUCCAGUUGGAGCGGGUUAUAGACAAAAAGGUAUAGUGCUAGCGAGGGAUUGUUUGAAAGGAUUUGGAUCUCUCCUGUAGAGCUUGGUCAUACAAUAGAAGUAAACACGGAACAAAUGGAAGGCACUCGGAAAAUUCCGAGGUCUAGA